GCCAGCGGUAAUGGCGUCAUAAAGGAACCGAUGAUGGCUUCGCAACGCUCUACUACAGCAGUCUUAGAUGCGUCAACGCUCAACGGUCAGUACACACGUUUAUAUGAAAAGGGAGGAAGGCAAGCAAGCCGGUGUAUGCUGCACUUUGGUAGUUUAACAAUCAGGGACAAUGGGUUCGACUACAGACGAAGAAUUUAAAGAGAAAUUACUAUGGAACGUGAAAAGAGAAGUGAAGCAGAUUAUGGAGGAAGCAGUGACCAAGAAGUUUGUACAUGAAGACAGCAGCCACAUUAUUGCACUUUGCAGCUCCAUUGAGGCUUGUUUAAGCCACCUUCUGAAGCGAAGAGCAGCGGGAUUCCUCCGCAGUGAUAAAAUUGCGGCCCUCUUUAUUAAGAUCGGCAAGGUGAACACAACGACGAGUGAGGUGUGUCGCAAAGUGCAGGAACAGUUGCAGCAGCAAGCUGAAAUCACCAGGAGAACCCAAAGCACAGGACAAGAGCCCCUCAGGAGGCAGGGUUCUUCAGCCGGCAAAGCACCCCAGCCUCUCUCUGCACAGGCAAUCAAGCACAUAUGGGUCCGCACAGCCCUUUUUGAAAAAGUCUUGGACAAAAUCGUGCAGCACAUUGUGGAUAAUGCGAGUAAGUAUUAUGAAAAGGAGGCCCUGAUGCACGACUACGUGUUUGGCCCUAUACUGGCAGCGCUUCUGGUAGGUCCUUGCGCUCUGGAGUACACCAAGCUCAAGACGUCAGAUAAUUUCUGGACGGACCCGUCAGCCAAUGAGUUGGUGCAGAGGCAUCGUAUCCAUGGGGCCCACAGAGGUCAAGAGGUUUCGCCGGGCCGGAGGCCUGCUCUCGGGAUCCGAAAGAGGCAGUCUAGUGGUAGCAUGUCUGAGGACAAGUUUGCAGCUUCGGCGAGAGAGUAUGUUGAAUCCCUGCACCAAAAUUCACGUGUUCACUUGCUCUAUGGAAAGAACAACGUACUUGUUCAACCGAAGAAGGACAUGGAGGUGCUGCGUGGUUACCUGUCCCUUCAUCAGGCAGCGGAAACACUCACGCUGAAGUGGACACCCAAUCAGCUAAUCAAUGGCACUCUGGGCGACUGUGACCUAGAGAAGAGUAUUUAUUGGGACUACGCAUUGACUGUGCCUUUAAGACAGAUCGUCUGCCUUCAUUGUCACCAGCGCCCGGAUUGUGGUGGCACUCUGGUGUUAGUAAGUCAGGAUGGGAUCCAGCGGCCUCCUCUCCACUUCCCCCCUGGGGGCCACCUUUUGGCUUUCCUGUCCUGUUUGGAGACAGGUCUACUGCCUCGGGGUCAGCUGGAUCCCCCUCUCUGGUCACAGAGGGGUAAGGGCAAAGUCUUCCCUAAACUUCGUAAGAGGAACAACACUGCCCGUUUAGUUGAUCAGGACGGCGGGGAUGGAGAGGAGCAGAUCGCUGCAGACUAUGUGUUUCGCAUUGUUUAUCCGGGACACUGUCACGACUCAACAGUCACAAUAAACUACCACCACACCACGGGCAGUCGUGCGCCCUCUCUGGACGAUGAUGAGGAGGAGGAAGAUAGACUUCACGCAAUGAUCUCAAUGAUCUGCUCACGGAACCUCACAGACCCUAAUGUCAUGAAAGACCACGGGGACAUGAUGGAGAUGCAGGGCUUUGGCGGCAGCCCGUUGUCAUGGCAGCAGGGCGAAUGCACCAGUCAUAUGUCAUCAUGUCUCUCCUGCUCCACCGGGGGCAGCAACCCAUCUGUCGAGCUUCCAGUGAGCUGCACCUGUGUGCACGACCGUAUUCCUCUAAAGAUGCUGUGCCAAAAUAUGAAGAGACAGAUUGUCUCUCGAGCAUUUUAUGGCUGGCUGGCCUAUUGUCGGCACCUGUCCACUGUGAGGACUCACCUUUCGGCGCUGGUCAAUCAUAACAUUGUCCCUCCAGACAAACCUUGUGAAGCCUCUGGGGGACUCAGCAAAGAUGUGUGGAGUAAAUAUCAGAAAGACUGUAAGAAUUAUAAGGAGCUGGAGCUGCUGAGAUUGGUUUACUAUGGAGGGGUGGAGCAUGAGAUAAGAAAAGAGGUGUGGCCGUUUUUGCUUGGUCACUACAAGUUCGGAAUGGACAAGAAAGACAUGGCUCAGAUUGAUGAGAAGAUCACAGAGAGGUAUCAGCAGGUGAAGCGAGAGUGGAAGGCAUGUGAGGUCAUUGUGAAGCAGCGGGAGAAAGAGAUGCAGUCGGCCAUCUUUGCCAAGCUGUCUUCAGGGAGCAGUAUAGACAGCCACAUCCUCAAACUCAUCCACAGAGACUCCACUAUCAGCAACGAGGUAUUCAUGUCAGUGGAUGAGCCUGAUGCAGGGGGUCACGACACCUCGUGUGAGGGAAGCACACCCACCUUAACCACUGUGGUCACCCCAGCUGUGUUAGCUCCAGAUGAGAGGCCUCUGGUUGAGUUUGACUCUCCAGACUCAGGCCUGCCCUCCUCCAGAAACUACUCAGUGGCGUCUGGCCAUUCCCAAAUCACGUCUAGCAUCGAUGACGGGCAGAGCAUGGAAGAGGACACUACACCCACUGGAGGACUAGAGGAGCAGAGUGGACGGGACUCUUUGAGUGAGGACAAACUCUGCAGUCAGUUGGACAAACUUGUAACCACCAACGAGGGAACAACACCAUCCUUCUCUUCUUAUACGAUCGAGCUGUUGGAUAAGGUGGCGCUGAACUUACACAGAAUAGAUAAAGAUGUCCAGCGCUGUGAUCGCAACUACUAUUACUUCACAACAGCAAACCUGGAGAAACUACGAAACAUCAUGUGCAGUUAUGUGUGGGAACAUCUGGAGAUUGGCUAUGUGCAGGGCAUGUGUGAUCUUCUAGCCCCACUAAUGGUCAUUCUGGAUGAUGAGUGCCUGGCCUACAGCUGUUUCACUCAGCUGAUGAAAAGGAUGAGUCAGAAUUUCCCUACCGGAGGAGCGAUGGACACUCAUUUUGCCAAUAUGAGGUCACUGAUACAGAUCCUUGACUCAGAGUUGUUUGAGCUCAUGCAACAGAAUGGAGAUUAUACUCAUUUCUACUUCUGCUACCGCUGGUUCCUUCUUGACUUCAAAAGAGAACUACUCUAUGAGGAUGUGUUUGCAGUAUGGGAGGUUAUCUGGGUCGCCCCCUGCAUCUCCUCCAGGCACUUUGGCCUCUUCAUUUCACUGGCAUUGGUGGAGGUGUACAGGGACAUCAUCCUAGACAACAACAUGGACUUCACUGACAUCAUCAAAUUCUUUAAUGAGAUGGCAGAGCGCCACAACGUGCAGUACAUCCUCCGAAUAGCACGGGAGCUUGUACACAAGGUGCAGACCCUUAUCGAGAACAAGUGAGCACGGACAGAAGGAGACUUCGGACGCCCACAAGGCCCUGCCUUGCUGUAUCUCUUUCUCUCUUUCUCAACUGUAUCUCUUUCUCUCUUUCCCAACUGUAUCUCUUUCUCUCUUUCCCUCGAGACUGCCCGGGAUCUGCCAUUGGCCGCAUGGACCUCAACUUCUUGACUCUUACAAUUGUUUGCGUGCCACAGAAUGCCAUUGUGACAGACCCUGGCGUUGUCUGCAUGCUCGUGAUGUUUGAGCACACUGUGACUACUUUUUUUUGUUUUGUUUUUUUUCUUGCUGUACACGCCUCCAGCACACAUCACAUCUAUCAGGUCCUUUAAGAUCUGCUUUUAUAAUAAAUGCUAAGCCUCAUAGGUUGAGGCCAUGACAAUUCCCUUUCCCUAAUGGCCGCUGUUGUUGUUCGCCUGCCUCGGAUAGAAAAGGCGCAGAGCAGUUUAGCUGAGCACUGAGGCUGCAUUAUUUCAGCUCCCUUAAAUAAUAACUACGCCACGAAGUCGUUAAAACAGUGUGUGACCAAAAGGACUGUGCCAAUGACCUUGUUAUAGUAUCUAAAUGCCUUGUUUUAUUGUUUCUUGUGUACGAUUCCCUUGAUGUUUUGGUUAACAGUGGAAAUGAGUUGACGUUGCCUUUGUAACAUGCAUCCAUACUUUUGCACUUUGAAUCAAUCACUCUGUGACACCAGUGAUGCUCCUUAGACAGGACAGGAAGGAGUUGAGGUGUUACACAGGGUUCACUCCACUUCCCUUAAGGCUCUCCAGUCUGGAAAAGCGGUCCUUGAGAAGACACCACCAGACUCUUCCAUUGCUCAGCAAAUUGCUUCCACAUUAUGAGAAGAGUGCAAUGCGACAAGACCAAUUUUUUCUAGUGUGUCCCAUCAUGAAUGCUGGUUGGCUUCUUUAUACACUACUUUAGUUAAAAGAAAAGUUCUCCAAUAAAAUGAAAA